CUUCAACGCACCGUCCUCACCAUCCUCGUUGCCAUGGCUCCUCCCGACGCGCGUAAGAACUUCGUCCAAACCUUGAGAGAGGUGGCUGAGAAGCAUGGCCUGGACUUCUCCAGCUUUUCCCACGACUGGAUCCUGCAACUUCGGGACAAGGCAACAGGACAGCAAUGCUCCGUCUUUGGCUACACCUUUGAUUCCAACCCUGCUGCAGCCGUGGAGAUAUGCAAAGAGAAGGCCGCAACCUCCUUGGUGCUCAACGGCAGUGGGGUUGCUAACGUGCCACAUCAUGUCUUCCUGAGCCCCUCGAAUCCCUUCACGGCGAAGUAUGUUUCAAAGAAUGGGAUCUGGGAACCAGUUCAGGAGGUGGUGAAGAAGUACGGUUUCCCUGUGGUGGUCAAGCCGCUGAAGGGUACCGGUGGUUUGGAUGUGAUGAAGGCCACCUGCUGGCGAGAAGUCGAGGCGGCGGUGCAGCACAUCUUCUCUAGGGAAUAUGGCUUAGCGGUGUGUCCGUACAAGCAUGUGGUGGACGAAUACAGAUGCAUUUGUGUUGGCACCGAGGUGCAGCUGACGUAUCGAAAGGUGAGGAGCUCCGUGCUGGGUGAUGGAGAAAGGUCCGUGGGAGCACUGCUGGCUGAAAGGCUUCAAAAUGCCAAACCAGAGGGCCAGAGGAGCUUGGAUCGGUCCCUGCGAAGGGGCAAGAUGCAGCACUGCAGUGGAAGCACAACCUGGGGCAUGGUGCCUCUGUCGAUUUGAAGGUGGAGGCUGAAAUGGCCAAGAAUCUGGCAGAGGUGGCGGUUCGAGCAGUAAAGGCCAUUGGGAUGAGCUUCUGCAGUGUGGACAUCAUCGAUGUGAAAGACGAGGGGCUGCUGAUCAUGGAGGUGAAUGGAGGAGUAAUGAUGGAUUCACUGAUGUCGCAGCUGGGAGAGUCUGGCAAGGCUUUAGCCUUUGGUCUUUAUGAGAAGGCAGUGCUAAAGGCGUUGGGUCGUUCUGUCCCGGCGUGACCCGUGCAGCUCAAAAUGGACUGGAGAUGCCUUUCGAGUGAAUUUCGUGUUUGGUUCGGGCCAGCCAUGCCUUUGUCCCACCUUUAAUGCUGGCUACUUCAGUAAAUGAGUGGUCCUGAGGCGAAGCAUGUGGUCGAAUUGACAGGCCU